GGGACGUUGGCGGUGUGCUGUCAGACAGUGGCGCUCCGGAGAGGUGCGUGUCCCCAGUGCCCGCUUCGGUUGUCCGGCUAGGAAUGCGCUCUCCGGCUCGCUGAUCGCUAGUAAAUUAAAAAGAUACUCAUCGCAAAGCUACAGAUUAUCGUAAAAGCAUCUUAGCUGGUUGCGGUAUCUAUUUUGUCUUAUUUUUUUAAUCGUAAAGCGAAAGGGGUUGUACAAAACGCAUCGCUGAUCUAGAAAGAGAAAGCGCUUGUUGCUUUUUCAUCACCCGGUGAGAGGUGAGGAGGAGGAGGAGAGAGGGGGGAGAAGGAGAGAGAGCGGCGGGGUUAGCGGAGCGCCAGGAGCGGCCCAUGAGUUCGGAGCAGGGCGGAGACCCGCAGAAGCAGCAGGAGGCCGAGCCGGGACCGGAGACCCGCCGAGGGGAGAGCGAGAGCAGACCCGAGGCCGGCGGAGACGGAGGCGGCAUGGUCACCUCGAAAGGUGCAGGCCUGAACCCCAACGCCAAGGUGUGGCAGGAGAUCCCAGCUGGAGGCAGCGAGGGGUCGCUGGCCGCCCCCAACGGCAGCGAGGGGUCACCGUGGCCGCAGGGCACGCCUUCGCCCGCCGACAUCACUGAGGGGUACUCUGUUGUGCCCCCUGAUGGCUGUAAACCAUACAGCGUGAUGUUCCCCAGCCCGCCAAGCAGCAGCAGCCCCGGUGUCCCCCUGGAGCAGAGUGUCAACGGCAUGGACCCCCCCGAACUUGGUUUCCCCCUCUACGAGGCGCCCACGGGAAGCAUCGGUGAGGGCGAGCUACCUGAGGAGCAGCCAAUCUCUCCAGAGAACCUACGGGAAUCCCUGAAGAAACAGUUGGAGUUUUGCUUUUCCAGGGAGAACCUCUCCAAAGACCUGUAUCUGAUGUCCCAGAUGGACAGCGACCAGUUUGUUCCCAUCUGGACAAUCGCCAGCAUGGAAGGGAUCAAGAUCCUGACCACAGACAUGGAUCUCAUUCUGGACGUGCUGAGAUCCUCCCCGAUGGUCCAGGUGGACGAGAAGGGGGAGAAGGUGAGGCCGAACCACAAGCGCUGCAUCAUCAUCCUGAGGGAGGUGCCAGAGACCACGCCAGUGGAGGAGGUGGAGGCCCUGUUUAAGAACGACAACUGUCCAAAGGUGAUCAGCGUGGAGUUUGCCCACAAUAACAACUGGUACAUCACGUUCCAGUCAGACACAGACGCGCAGCAGGCCUACAAGUAUCUAAGGGAAGAAGUGAAGACCUUUCAGGGAAAGCCCAUCAUGGCGCGGAUAAAGGCCAUCAACACGUUUUUUGCAAAGAAUGGUUACCGCAGCCUGGACUCCAACAUGUACUCCCAGCAGACCCAGAGCCAGUCCCAAUUCAGCUCGCCUCUCUUCAUGCAGCACGUCUACAGCCCCCAGCAGCAGUACCCUGUGUACGGCCUGGUGCCCCCCACCUGGUCCCCCUCUCCCACACCGUACUUCGAAACCCCCCUGGCUCCGUUCCCCAACAGUGGGUUUGUGAACGGGUUCAACUCCCCAGGAACGUACAAGACCAGCUCCAGUAUUGGUCGCCCCUUCCACAGAAACCGUGUCCCACUCUACUCAAGAAAGAAUGUAAUAAAUGCUUUCAGGAACCCUGUGAAGCCGCAUCCAAGGGCCUCGGAUGGAUCUCCCCCCAUAGUGGGGCCUGUGCCCCUGGUAGAUGGGCUCUCUGGGCCCCGCAGCCCCCAGCCCCCCCGGACUGGGGCCACCGUGCUGGCCCCUCCUGAGCUGAGCCCUUCCUUCUCCAUGAAGGACGCCCACUUGAUGUCCACGGAGCAGAACGGGGAUGCCGGCAUGGUGGGCCGUGGCAGGAGAAGCACUUACAGAGGGACAAGGCGGAGGAGAGAGGACGACCGCACCAUGAGGCCGCCCACCUCCAUGGAGAAGGUCCCCACCCCCAAGUUUGACCUGGCUGCCAACAACUUCCCCCCGCUGCCAGGCUGCGUGGUGAGCACGCAGGGCGAGCCGCUGCUGGAGAACAGGAUGUCCGACGUGGUCCGAGGGCUUAAUAGGGAUAAGCAACAGGAUGUCAGCAAAGAUUCCCCUGCCAGUUCUGUGUCUGUCCAGGAGGAGGCAGCAUUGGUAACCAGCGCCACUCAGCCUGCGUGCAAACCUGCCAGCUGCACCCUGCCUUCCAGUGAGCCCCAAACCCCCAGUGCCGUUCAGCAAGAGGUGAAGAUGGAGAAGACCGAAACUCCGGCCCUGAAAGAGACCCCCGCGCCUGCCCCUCUGCCCUCUCCGGUGCCGCAGUCCAUCCCAGCCACGAAGCCCCCACGAGCCGCCGCCGGACCCCUCGCCGCCAGUCCCGCCCCAGCCACUGCCACUGCAUCGAUAUCGGAGCCCCGAAAGCUGAGCUAUGCUGAAGUGUGUCAAAGACCCCCCAAGGACCCCCCUCCCCCUGUGCCGGCACAGCCCCUGAGAGAGCUGCGAGUCAACAAGGCCGACGAUCCCACUGCUACCACCAAUGCCAACGCUGACAGGCAGGCCUCCGCCUCGGAAAAGCCCGCGGAGGGCAAAACCACGGAAGGGCGCCCGCACCGAGAUUCCCUGGGGCCCUACCGUAACAAUGGACCUCCCCGGGCGGGUGGCAACGCAGGCCACAAACUGCGCGAACAGCAGCGCCGCCCGCCUCUGGCCCGCCGGCACUCGCCUCAGGGCGCCCCCCGGCGCAUCGGCAAGGAGCAGAACAUCCCUCCGCGCUCGCCAAAGUAAAGACAACGGAGAGAAAGGAGGAAAGAAAAACUUUAAAAAAAAAUCCAAACCUAUAAAUAUAUAUAUAGAUAAAUAUAUAUUAAUGAAUUUAAAAACUGCAAACUUGAAGCGGCAAGGAGCGGCGCUAGACACAAGCUCUGCCGGACUUCACUGUCGAAGUAACUGCAAGCGGAAACGAAAGACAGGAAAUUGAUUAGAAAUUUACUUGAUGAUGAAUCUCAUCAGAAUCUCAGCUGAUUUUGUGUUUUUUUUUUUCUUUUCCCUCGCUGGCUCAUGCGAUGAUUCUUGAGUUGAUUUUUUUGUUUUGUUUUGCAGAGGGUGUUGCGCUAUAUAUGCUGGUAGAAUGGAGAGGAAAGGAUGUGUUUUUGGGGAUGGUGUCUAUUAAGAGUUCAUAUGCACUAGCAAAGUGCGUAUAAAUUCAGAUGCAUUUAUAUCGCCUUUACUGUUGAAGUAUUUUCAAUUCGGGAAGCGGGGUGGGGCAGAUGCUGCAUUAUUUAAGUUAAAUGCUGUUGCAAUCUGGGUGUUUUAAAAUGGGAAGUUACAAACGUGGAAGAAGCUUUUGCUUUUGUAGAGUUUUCUGUAGCGUUGGUUGUGUGUAGUGUUCAUUUGGGAGCCCCUUGUGUUAACUGGCAGGGUGGGGGGUGGACACCAUGAUUACUGGGAAAUAGUGUCUUUCUGGAAUAGGGGAAGCUGCUGAAAGUAAUUUCUGGGGAAGGGUGAGUCGGGGAGAGAGGAAGAGAGGAGUAGGGGUGCAGGCAUCCCUAUUUUAGCUUUGCCGCUCAGGAGACCCCGUUUUGAGAUGCGCUCAACAUCCACCCUGGCACCAUAUUCGCCUGCAUGCUCGUCUGUUCUUUCAUUUCAGGAAAACUGACUGAUCCGCUUGUUCUGGCAGCUCUUGCAGACUUUUGAAUUGCCAGUCCAGUCCUGGUUCCAAAAUCGAUGGAUUCAAAUUAAUUCAAAAGUACUUUUGGUUGACAAGGGGUGGACCUUAGGAAAACUUAAAAAAAGGAUGGUGUUACCGAACAACUGUAACCCACUUAUGAGAGCUCCUGAGCAGAGCAGUUUUGUGAUGCCCUGCUUGUGGAAGAGGGGAGGUUCUGAAGCUUAGAUGUGGGUUGGGACGGAACUAGACCCGAGGUCCACAGCCUGACCCAGAAUCCUUCCUCCUCCCUUGCUCCUCUGGAUGCACUGACCAAGCUUGUUUAAGAAUGUACUGCAGUCUGUGUUGCAUCAGUGUGGGGUUGGUUUACAAUGUUCUGGGUUGAGUGAGAUUCAUUGAGACUAAUUCACUUUCUCCAAGUAGUUAUAAACAUUCCUGUGCUGCCCCAUCUCCCACUCGCCCCUUUUGACUGAGAAAAUUUGGGAAUGGGUCUUGGAAUGGUUUCUUUGAGCGCCCCCUCCCCUACUUGUUCACUUACUCCUCUCACCCCAAUUAGAUGGCCCUGAGGGCCAGAUUGUGAGAAUCAGUCCAUUUAAGAAUUAAUUUUCUUGUUUAAUAAAUGCUCCCAGCUCCCCCUGCUAAAAAGCAUGCAGCAAACCAGAAUUGUUGCGUAGCUUUCUGAUCUAUCCCAGGCUUUGAUAGCUCUGUUAAGUGAGGCUAACACCAGGUGAGCGCGAUGCAUUCUGGUCCUUUUCCUUUGGUUAAAUUUGCCUUGAUGAGACCACUCAGUGACCUCUCUACUCAGUGAGGGCAGUUUUUAUCUGUACUCUGCAGUUCUCUGCAUCACGGAUGGAUUGCCCCUAUGUGCUGCGGGAGACUGAGACAGUUUGCAGUGUCCUUAUUGAAGUUGCAGAACUGGCAGGGGCCGGGGUUUUGCCCAAUUAUGCCUUCAAAGGUCUUUUUCCUUUUGGUUUAAGAGGCAGCCAGAUGCCAUCAUUUCUCCAUGAAUCCCAGUGUUCAGAAGAGUCUGUGUCCCUCCUCCGGGCACCUGACUUGGUCUGAUGUGGAAUCGCAGACAUUUUGGCACAGUCUGGCGGGCACUGUGUUGACUCCCAACAGGUGGAAUUCUGUUUACCAUAUCCCCGUGCCCCCUUCUCUCCUGGUCCUGAAGAGGCGAUGACUUCACAUCGCCAUUGGUUGAGUAUCCUGUGAACAGUGGUAAUUUAAACCCACUAAGUCACAAACCAACUCCACUAAUUAAACUGCUCAACCCCUGUGCCUCUCCGGGGCCAGAAGUGAGGAUGGCCACAACCGAAAUGUGAAUUUAGUUUCAUUUUGUUUUUGCGUGCGUGUGUGUGUGUGAGAGAGAGGAUGAUCUAGUGCAGUGCGUUUGGUACGAGCAUAGCAAUGCGUGUGUUUAUUCUUCAGGUCUGGAUACCCCAAAAUGAAUAGGCCCAGGAUGUUGGGGUGGGGUUCUUGUCAUUGCAGCUGGUCUGUUUCUGCCACAUAGUUUUGAAUGUAUCUAUGCCAUAGGAAAAUCCAAAAAUUGGGUUCAAGCUCCCAGAAGAGAGAGCAUUAGGAUAGGUUGGCCAGUGUCCAGCCCCAGUGCUGCAGAGCUGCAGGGUCUUCUGAUUUCAUGCACCCAGCUCUCUGUUAGUUGAUU